AGCUCAGGUUUGUCACUCAUUACAGCUCGCUCACUCAGCUCUCAAACACUAAGCCUCACAAGAAUGUUGUUUACAUUAGCGCUGAGCUCGGACGGAUCCUGGAUUUGACAGACGAAGGCGCAGAUUACCGGCUAUCUGUUUUUUUAGAGAAAGCAGCAGACGGGGAAUUUCUCUGCAGUAAGUUUCUCAGUAUGGCUGUGAUUUGUUUAUCGCUUAAUCAAUUAUUCGCUGCUUGUUGAUGCCACUUCUGAUCUGCAAAGCAGCGAAACUGAACAUUUGCCAAACAAAACUGCAACAUUAGAUGCCAGGAGACACGCCUUGACGUGAGUCAGAAGGCUGCAGAAACUUUCGGCACAAGAACAAGAUGCCUGUGGUUAAGGCAGAGGACGAGGUUGCAGCUCAGACGGCCGUGGAGACGACGGACUCUCAGAACGCGGAUCCUCCUAAAGGCCGGCGCAGGAAAAGGCCUCUGCAGCGGGGAAAACCUCCGUACAGCUACAUCGCUCUCAUCUCCAUGGCCAUCGCCAGCUCUCCUGACCGCAAGCUCACUCUCGGGGGUAUCUACAAGUUCAUCACCGACCGCUUCCCUUUUUAUCGGGACAAUUCAAAAAAAUGGCAGAACUCGAUCAGACACAAUCUUACACUAAACGACUGCUUUGUGAAAAUCCCCCGGGAACCGGGGCGACCCGGGAAGGGCAACUACUGGGCGCUGGACCCGAACGCAGAGGACAUGUUCGAGAGCGGAAGCUUCCUGCGACGCCGCAAACGCUUCAAACGCUGUGAUUUCACCACCUACUCUACCUCGUCCUCUUCGUACCAUCACGACUCUCCCAUUUUCUCCCCCGUCCAGAUCGCCUCCUCCGUCUACGGCUCGGUGUACCCGGCCUACACGCCGCAGAUCUCUCCCCCAUACUACCCGCCGUCUAGCACCGGAUUCGGGUCGAGCCAGUCUCGCGUGUUCAGCAUCAACACCAUAAUCGGCUCCGGCGGUUUGGCGCACAGCCCCCCGGAGACACCGCCAGUGCAGCCAUCCUGCCGCAACUUCAACCAAGACGCGGGAGGCUCAUGUUCGCUAAACUCCAACCACAUCACCUUCUCCUACCCCAAUGCCGGGAACCACGGGUACGGCCAGGCCGCUCAGGGCAUGUUCACACACAACGCCACGCAGAACUACAUACCCUCGGGGCGACUAGGGGUCACGGGGUCAUCUCCCAUCACGGCGGACGUAGCUAACGAUCCGUACAUCCAUAACAGCGGCGGAACAGGCGGGUACAUGAGACCCGUGACGUACGCAUCCUGCAUGGACAGGUUCGUUUCUGCCAUUUAAAAACUAUGAAGGUGCUAAAAACACAGAGACUAAUUAAUUAAAAAAAAACUGCUGAAUGUGAUCACGUGACCAGACUGCAGACAGAUCCACAAAAUAUUUAAAGACUGUUUUUAAAAUCAACUCUAACCUGAGCUCAAGGAAUUUAAUUUAAUUUACUGCACAGGUGGAAAAAAUGGCAGGAUCUCAGGUCAUGAUACUUUCCUCUCUCUCUCUCUCUCUCUCUCUGAAGUGGUACGACAUUUUUAUUAAAGACUUGAUGUUUUGAACUCGGCACAAUUCACCUCACUGACUCUGAAAAGAUCGAACCUUUAUACCGUGUUUACUGAAAAUAAAUUAAUAAAAGCGCACGUUGAUUAGAUUAAUUAGAUAUUUACUGUCUUCGCCCUUUAUUAUUAUUAUUAUUAUUAUUAUUAUUAUUUAGUGUGAAAUGUGUUCUGGUGUGAUUCUGUAAAACAAAAAAUAAAAAUAAAAAAGUAAAAGAUUGUGUUUAUUUCGGCUUCAUGUUAAAGAGUUCAGUUUCACCGGUGGUGUAUUAUUAUUUUGUGUUUUCUGCUGCAUUUCUUUUUUUGUGAAGAUAAUAAAAAUAAAACACUGGGUUCAUUUAUAAAACAGAAAAAAAUGUCAUUUGUGGAAAGAUGAUUAUUAUGUGGUUGUGUUUAUUCUUUAUUCUUUUUUAUAUCGCUUGCACAAUUUCUAUUCAAUUCU